GAAACGAUCGGCGCUCAAGUACAUAAUUUAUUGACUUCAGUACGUAGCAAGCAGGCUGCCCUCAAAACAGCCAUGGCGGGAACAAAACAUUGCGAAUGCCAGUGGAAACGCCUCACGCCAGAGCUCGUUCAAAGCAUCGCUGCGUUCACUCAUCCCAACGACGCCGCAGGCGCGCUAAAGCUGGUUGACCAUGAGACCUGCUCGGCUCUGCGCAGCUCGUUUAACACACUGUACAUGGCACAAAAACCGCCGAUUAAGGUUUGGCGACUCCGCGGCGAGCUCCACCGAGCGGCGCUGCCUUGGCCCGGAGUGGACUUCGCGGCGCACUGGGGCCGUCCCGAGCCCUGGCUUGCUCUCACGCUACCCCAGCGCCGGCGGCUGCUGUGCCUGGCCGCGUCCUCGGGCCACGCACCCAGCCUGGACGCGGCCCUGGCGCACUGCGGUUGCACGCUGACGCCGGAGGUGCUCGCUGCGGCUGCUGCAGCCGGCAACAUGGCGUUCUGCGUGCGGCUGAUGGCGAUGCGCGAGCGCCCACCCUCCAGCAGCUCCAGACUUCCUAUAAACGUGGGGGAGGCGCUGGCGGAGAUCGCCGCACAGAAUGGGCAGCUGCCCGUGCUGCAGCUGCUGUUAGCCAACUGCGAAGAUUUCGGCAUAGCCCCUGCGGUGUCGGCUGCAGCCCGAGGCGCCUGCGCGGGAGGCCACUUAGACGUUCUUGCCUGGCUGCAGCAGGUGCACGGCUACAGCCCCAAGACGAGGGACGUGGAGGCGGCGGCGCGAGCGGGUCAGGUGGUGAUGCUGGAGCACCUGCUCGGGCUUCUGUUCGAAACGGCGUACGCACCGCUGGCGAUAACGCCGGCGCGUAUGCGAUUUGUGGCUGCUUUUAAGCGCGCAAACGAGGGCAACGGCCGCCGCUGCAACCGGCGGCUGCUGCUGCUGGCAAUGAUCCAUGGAUGCCCGGUGGAGGCGCUGCGGCGGCACUACAGCUGCCGGCCGCCGUGGCGCUGGCGGCUCGGCGGCGCGCCGGGAGUGGCAGUGGCGGCAGCGGCAGCGGCAGCGGCUGGAAACUGGGAGGUGGCGGACUCUAACGCCGAGCUUGCAGAGGAGCGGACUGAGCCGGAAGCCAGCCGGCGACCUGGCGGCGGCCAGCAGCAGUCUGCUACUGAUGAGGGCUUAUCAUCAUCGGCAGGUCUGGUCGAGCAAGCGGCAGCCGCCGUCGGCAGCGCCACGCGCUGCUGGGCCGCCAAGCUGGACUUCCUGCGUCACCGCUGGGGGGGCGCCGUGUUUGACCAGGUCUUGCGGGGCGUGCGCGGCGGCCUGGAGGCAAGUGCCGGCAUAUGGGCGGCGGCCGCGCGGCCGGCCGACGCCUUGGAGCGACUGCGGUGGCUCCGGCGGGAGCACGGCGGCGGCGGCUUCCUCGCAGAUGCCGUCAAGCCGGCAGCGCUGCAGGCCGCCUCGGAGGGGCGUGCGGCGGAGCUGCGCUACCUGUGGGAUGAGUGCGGCGGCGCGUGGGAGGACGACGACUUUGUUCACAGGCUGGUGGGGGCAGCCGGCUGCGGCGGCGGCGCGGGCGGCGGCGCGGGCGGCGACGCAGGUGUGCUGCAGCUUCUGGCAGAGCGCGGCAAUGCCGCCUUCACGGUGUUGCACGCCUGGAAUGAGGUGCGGACUGGCAACGGCACGGGCACGAGGCUGGAGUGGCUGGUGGAGAACGCGACGGGUGAGGUGGACAUGGAUGAGUGGGACCAGCAGAACGUGGUGCCGCCGGAUGUGCUGUGGGGCUGUGUGUGGGAGGAAGCGGCGAGGCAGGGCGCCGACGUGCCGCUGCUGCGCGCGCUGCGGGAGCUGCGCGGCGUGCCCAUCGACCUGGGGGCGCUGGCGGAGGGCGGCAGCGAGGAGGCGCUGGAGUGGGCGGCAGCGGAGCUGGAGCAGGAGGCGCAGGCGGCGGCGGCGGCGGCGGCGGCCGCGGUGCAGGCACAGGCGGCAGAGCAAGCACCAGCGCAAGCACCAGAGCAGCAAGCGCAACUGGAAGCUGCCGGAGGAGGAGGCCUGCGGGCCCUGCAGCCGCAAGAGGUCUGGCGGGUGAAGAACGCCGGCAACCUGGCGGCGCUGACGUGGCUGCGCGGCCGGGGCCUGGUGCCGCCGCUGGAGCCCUGAACUGCUCAGGGCUGAACUGCUGGGCUUGACUUGACUGAAGGACAGAAGGGCCGACGAGCUGGCGCCUAGACUUACUUCCCGCCGCGUGGAGGUUCCGCGUAGAGGUGACGCCACGAGGUGCCCGGAUGGCUGCCUGCAGCUGUUGGUGCAUGCAGGGGGGCUGAGAGAUAGAGCGUGGGGCUAGCUAGGGCUAGCUAGUAGCUAGUAGCUAGGGUGACGGGGGCGCCUGGGGGGGGGGGCGCCAGACAGACAGCUUGCAUUGGUUCCAAGUGGGACCCGUUGACGCAGGUUACGAGCCAGACAGUCGUCGGGUCAGGGUUCCAACACGCCCGCUGCACUCUUGCCACGGGCGUCGUGUGCAUGUGAAGGACGGGCACGCCACUUCUGGAUUGGAUGGGAUUCUACUUCUGCCUUCUGGAUUGUUGUGGAUUGGGAAUGUGGUGGUGGUUGUCGGCGCGUGUUGCAUGAUUGCGUUGCUUUGGUAGGACUGCGCUUGGCCAAACGGCGGGCCACAAAUUGUCGCCAGCACAUAGCCAUGGUCCUUGGUUGGACAGUGGAUUGCCGAUUGCGCAAGAGAUUGAAGGCCGAGAUGACAUUGGUUGUCUGGUGGGUAGCUUUGGUGGGAGUUGUUGGAGGGAGCGUCAUCAGGCAGGGGUCAUACGG